AGAGCAGCGAGAUAUCCUUUGGUCGUCGAGCUGCAUUCUAGCGAGCAACGCUGCUCGCAGGGUUGCCAUUGUUGCUUUGAUUUGGCGACAUCGAUGUAGCCUCAAUCAGAAUGGUGGUUAGCUUUUCCCUGGGCCGGCGUUUUUGGUUGCGCUGAGGAAAUUUGUAAGCAACUGGCGUGAAAGAGCAAGAGCAGGAUAGAGAGGGGACAACGAGAUAGUUUAGCUCCAAGGGCAGGGUGGUGAUGGAGCCAGGACGAAGCUUGGCUAUGUCGUUCGAAAGCGCCGUGGCGCAGCCCAUGCUGUGGCGCAGCUCUGGAAGCUCGGUGGGAUUGCUGGUGCGGAGCAAGGGCGUGAGAAGUGGCUUGCGCGCGAAGGUGCAAGGAGCUGCUGUUUUGCCAACCCGGCCUGGAAUAGGUAGUAGAGUGUUUCUUUCAGAACGAGCUCUGUCUAUUGGCAGCCGGAUAGCUGCUGCCGCUUUCGACGACGACACUGUGGUUGACUUGGCAACUGAGGGAGAGGCCACGGCACCACCUAAGAAACUUCGAGGGAAGGUGGCGUCUAAGCGGGCUUCCAUUCAGACGCGGAAGAGGAGCAAGGCUGGAGGGAAUGUCGACGAAGAGCAAUAUUCUAGUGAUGAGGAAGAAAAAGAGGAGCAGUUCGAUUGGCCACCUCUAGUUUGUUGUUUUGGUGAGGCGCAUAAAGAAUUUAUUCCAACGGUUAGGUAUCAUGAGAGAAAUUAUGAGUUGUAUGACGAGGACGUGUAUUCCUCCUGGAAAGGACUUCAGUGGAGCCCCCCCGAAUUUGUUCGUGCUCCCGGAACCUCCCCUUCUAACCUAGCGGUGGCCCUGGCGCGGCUGAACGCGCGCGUAGCAUUUGUGGGGAAGGUGGGUAAUGACGUGCAUGGACAAGAGAUGCUUCUGACUCUCAAUGAAAAUGGGGUUCAAACACGGGGAGUGAAAGUUGUCGACCACUUUGGUACUGCAGUUUCAUUUAUGCGGCUCUCUUGCGGCAACGGCGCAGGAGUGCAAUUGAAAUGUGAAACGCCGAAUGUAGAAUCUACACUUACAUUUGAGGAAGUCAAUCUCGAUAUCCUCAAGGAGGCUCGCAUGUUUCAGUUCACCUCCAUCAGUCUUAUGCAACAGCCGAUUAGCUCAACGCUCAUGACCAGCAUUGACACGGCAAGAGAAGGAGGUGCAGAAAUCUUUUUUGACGUGAAUCUCCCCUUGCCUUACUGGAAGGAUCGGGAAACCACUUGGAGCACGAUUCAGAAUGCUUGGAAGAAGUCGACUAUAGUAGAAGUUACUAAGCAAGAACUUGAGUUCCUUCUAGGUGAGGCUCUGUAUGAGAAGAAACGAGCUCGAAAGUCCGUGUACUUCUCAAAAUCUGUAGAUGAGAUGAAACAGUUAACCGGAAGAGAAGAAUAUCACUACGAGCCUGAGGAGCUCUCGCAUUUGUGGCACAAAGACAUGAAAAUUCUCUUCGUGACGGACGGCACUUGGCGAAUUCAUUACUACACACCACUUUUUCAUGGUUCAAUUCACGGAACUGAGGAUGUGCUUUUAACGCCGUUCACUUGUGACAGAACUGGUUCGGGGGAUGCCAUCGUUGCCGCAAUCAUCAGGAAAUUGACAACUCAGCCUCAACUUCUGGAAGGCAACUUGGACGAGGAUAAGCUACAAAAGGCAUUGAGAUUUGCAGUUUGCGCUGGAAUUAUCUCUCAGUGGACAAAAGGGGCGAUUGAUGGCUUCCCAUCUGAAAGCGCUGCACAAAACUUGACUGAACAAGUGUAUCCACCUUCCAUGGUUCUGAAUAAAAUCUAGAUCCCAGCAUCGUUUGCAGAGUCCGUCUCUUUUGCCUUCA